CCGGACGUGUCGUGGGGAUGGCGGCGCUGGGGCCUGGCGGCCGCUGUGCUCCGGCGCUGCCGCUGCUGCUUGGCCUGGCCGCGCUCGCCCUCUCGCCGUCGCUCGCCGCCGCCUCCGAGCCGCCGCCCGCCGCCCUCCGCGCUGGCCACGCCGCCUCCUCUCUGCCCGCCGCCGCUGCUGCCUCGCGCACCAGAUACCUUUUGUAUGAUGUAAACCCCCCUGAAGGGUUCAACCUUCGCAGAGAUGUCUACGUUCGCAUUGCUUCCCUUCUAAAGACCCUUCGGAAAAGUGAAAACUGGGUGUUGGUUCUGCCUCCCUGGGGACGUCUUUAUCACUGGCAGAGCCCUGAUAUCCUCCAGGUUCGGAUUGCUUGGUCCGAGUUCUUUGAUAUCCCGAGCCUCAACAAGAACAUCCCUGUCAUCGAAUAUGAACAGUUCCUUGCAGAGUCAGGUGGGCCCUUUAUUGAACAGGUUUAUGUGCUACAAGGCUAUGCAGAAGGAUGGAAAGAAGGAACAUGGCAAGAAAAAAUAGAUGAAAAACCAUGCAUUGAUCAGCUGAUGUACUCCAGAGACAAACAUGGCUACUACAGGGGCUGGUUCUGGGGUUAUGAGGAAACACGAGGCCUAAAUGCCUCUUGCUUGUCUGUCCAAGGAUCUGCCUCUAUUGUGGCUCCCAUCCUUCUGAAGAACACUUCAGCACAGUCAGUGAUGUUAGACAGAGCUGAAAACCUUCUUCAUGACCACUACGGAGGGAAAGAUUAUUGGAAUACCCGUCGGAGCAUGGUGUUUGCUAAACACCUCCGUGUGGUGGGAGACAAGUUUAGGAAGAAAUACCUUCAAUCCACUGAUGAGGCAGACAGGACUCAGUACAAGGAGGACUGGACACAGAUGAAGGUUAAGACAGGCACAGCUCUAGGUGGCCCAUACCUUGGGGUUCAUCUCAGAAGGAGAGACUUUGUUUGGGGUCACAGAGAAGACGUGCCUUCCCUGCAAGUAGCAGUAAAGAAAAUCCAUAGCCUAUUGGCGUCGCUUAAACUUGAAAGAGUUUUUGUAGCCACUGAUGCUGUUGAGGAAGAGGUUGAACUGCUCAAGAAACUGCUGCCUGAGAUGGUGAGGUUUGAACCCUCUCUGGAGGAGCUGAAACUCUUUAAGGAUGGGGGCUUAGCUGUGAUUGACCAGUGGAUUUGUGCACAUGCAAGAUAUUUUAUAGGCACCUCAGUUUCAACAUUUUCCUUCCGAAUCCAUGAGGAAAGGGAGAUCUUGGGAUUUGAUCCAAAAACAACUUACAACCGAUUUUGUGGUGAAACAGAGAAAAACUCACACAAAGGCAACAGAGGGAAUCCUGGAGGAAGUGGAAAAUGCUGUCACUCCAUUGAUGGAACUCCUGGGACAUUGAAAGCAGCAGAAGCUGUAAGAACAAAGUUGGAACCAGACUCCAGCUGGAGAUCUCUCGUCUCCAUCCGAGCCGACCGUAUGUGACCCCCAGCACUCCUACAAGACACCAAAUCCUUUGGAAUUAGAACUGGGCAGGGGUGAGAAGAAUUAAUAGUUAAAUUUGUACCCCCAUGGAUUCCUGAGCAGGAUCCCAGCAGGGAAGACUGGAGGGAUACUCCACAAGAAAGUCCAAACUGGGAACUGUUCCCAGAUGGGAGCAGCAAGCCUUGGAAUUGCCUGAAGGGAAGAAAGAGGGAUCCUUUGAGCUCAAGGAUCAGCUGUUGAACGUGGUGAUGUUAUCAGAUGAUUCCUCAGGAAUGUUUAGUUCCCAAGCCAAGUCAAUCUGCUGCCUUGUGAAGCUCAGAAAUCUUGAAAGAACCCAACUAAUGUAGGGAAUGGACUGGCAGAUAAGACUGCUGGGGAAUGGUAGGGAAAUCAUCCUAACAGAGGGCCUCCUUUUGUACUGGAAUGGUGCAAAAAUUAUCCAAAAGAACAGGAGUCAAAUGGGAUUUACAGAUUCCUUGGAGACCACAAUCAAGUGGGAAGGCUGAGAAAAGGGAACAAAGCCUGCAAAUGAGCCAAAUCUGCCGAACACCUCAAAUGACUAGAAACACUGUUUCUAGAAUGCACCCAUAUAAUUCCUUAAAGGUAUGGCUCAGUUAAGGAGCAAUACCAAUAAAGCCCACAGAUGAAAAGCCUGUUGUUAGCUUUUUUUUUCCCUUUAAAAGCCUCAUCUAAAGCAUGGUUUAGUAAUUCAGGUGAGUUCAGCUUGCCACAUUCUGUUGAAAAAGGAUCAACUAAAUCUAUGCUCUAAGAUAAAAAGAGCAGUUCAAUGUAUGAAGGAGGGUGCAACACACAGUAUCAUUUUCCCAUUGAACCUUGGCAACAGGAAAAGCUUCCCUCUGCCCCAGGAGCUGCAAGGAAUUUGGGCCAGUAAAUGACAUCUGAGAAUCACCAUAAAUUCAGAGGCAGAAAGAGAAGAUCUACCAUUAAAAGGUAGAAAAAUGUUGCAGUGUGAGGUAAUACCCUGUUUUCAGCCAUCCCAGUCCCUUUCCCAGGUGUGCCAAUACUUUCUCCUGAGAAUCACCAUAAAUUCAGAGGCAGAAAGAGAAGAUCUACCAUUAAAAGGUAGAAAAAAGGGAAAGGUUUCAGAAAACAUCUCUGCACUAAAAUUAAUAAAUAUUUCCAGUUUCUCUGUGAGAAGAAUAGAACCCUGCAGUAGUUAAGGCCGCACAGUUCACAGCAGUGAGAGCUCAGCACACAUCCAGAAAGGCAAUUCCAGCAUCUAAAAUUGAAAUAAAAAGAAAAUUUUGAUUUAUUUUGUUUUAAAGUUACUUGAAGUUCUUAAAACCAAACCAACCUUUGCUCCUGAUUUUGGCUCACUGACACAGACACACGGGAAGCCAAGGGUCACACAAAUCCUGCUUGCAGAAUUCCUGAUCCAAACCCUCACCUUUCCCACCCAGCGCUGAGGGAAAUCUGACAGAAGAUUAAUAAAGAACCUUUGUUGAGAGCAGUCAUCACCUCAGGCCUUCAGGCUUGGCAAGAUUUGGUAGUGAAUGGACUCAAAUUCAACUCCUCCAUCUAAAUCUCUGACAAGUCUUCUCAGAAAGAUAUUGGACAGUCACUCAGAGCGCAGAAUUUAAAGACUGCAUGAGGAAGAACAGAAGCUUUGACAUUAUUUACACGAGUUCCUUUUUCUCCCUCAAUCACUCUGAGACUGUUGGACCUGAUCUUUGCAACCUAAAGCAGACUUAAGGCACUGGUUCCAGCAGUAGCUGCAGUUCCAGGCUUUCUGUUCCCUGGAUUGCUCACCUAAGCACUCUCAUUUCGGCCCAGUGACUCUCUGUCCUCAGAGGGAAGGAACCACAAAUUGGUGGGACACAGCUCUGGCACCACAUUUCCUCUUCCCUUCUCCCCUUUUCCAGCAGACCAAGCUGCUGGAAAUGGCAUUUCUUGCACAGUUCAUCACAGUAGAGAGGAGAAGAGGAACCUGUGACUUACCCACACCAUGGGCAGUACUAGGUUGGGUUUGGCUGCUCAAACACCAAAGCUCUUGGCAGGGAUAGGACAAGUUAAGUGGUUCUUCCUGUCCUCAUAGAGAGGAGAAAAGGGAAGUUAAGCCCAGUGUGGCAUCAAAGACUCCUGCACUUCAUCUUUUGGCUCAGAGUGCUCACCAUGGAAUUUUAGCCAUAGAAAAGGAGAGGUGACACCAAAUCAAAUGGAAAAGUGCUCUUUCCCAGUGUUUUUAUUCCAGGCAUUCAAGGAAGCUCAUUUUUCUUCUAGCUUUGUUUGCCCAAUUUUAGCAGAACCAUUCUCAUCCUCAUCAUUCUCAUCCUCUCAUCCCGCAAGUCAGUUGUUCAAUCCUUUGACUGGAUCUGGACAAAGGAAAGGACACACUGGGAUCACAGGAAAGCAUGGAGAGAAAGCCCUCCAAAACUGGACAGAGAAAAACAACAGGAAAUGCAGGAAGACAGAGGCCUUCUUUGCAUGUUUGCAUUCCUUUUCUGAAGACAUCUGUGCAGCUAGAUGCUCUUUGCAUUUGGCUUCCUUUAAAGGAAUGGAUUUGCUGCUUAAACACAUCUCAGGCCCAGAUGUAACCAGGAGAAGGUGGGAUGGAGAUGAGGAGUCAGGGAAUAGCCAGGGUUAUGCAGGGACUGGGAACAUUGAGGAUGGAGAAGAGAAUGAGCAGGGAUUGUUCUCCUUGUUUAGAUCCAUCAGUCCAGGGCGCUUGGAAAACACAAGGUACCAGAGGGAUCCUGGCCAGAAGCAGAAUAACUCUGGGAUAAGGGCAAGCUACUCCUGGUCCAGGGCUGUGCUGAAGAAGAAGGGAAAUUUUUUUCUCUCCCCUUUCCAGUGGGAUGCCACCCCUGCCAGAGGCAGGAAAACUGCCUUGCAAUCCAGUACAAAACCUGCCUGGCAAGCCAGGAUCUCAAGGAGCCAGCAGCCAUUUUGAUUUCCUUCUCACAGGCAUUUUAAGCCUGCUUUGCCUCACAAGCACUUUUCUGCCAAGGGUAUUCCCAUCUUUUUUAGAUCCUGAAUAAAGGUUUGGAAAGCUGAC